AUGAAGGGCUUCAUUGGCGGAAUCCCUGUGGCGCUGCUGGCAGUUGCUGCCCAGGCCAAGUUUGCUGAACGUGAGCAUGACUUCCACCCCAAAGCCGGUGGAACCGCCAUCGGCGGUCCUUCCGGCAAUGACGGCGGUCCUUCUGGCCAUCACGGCGACUUCCAUCCCCAAGCUGGUGGUACCGCCAUCGGUGGGCCUUCUGGGAAUGACGACGACGGUGGCUUCGUCAGCCCCUACUCCGCCAACAUCAAGACCGAUACCAAGGUCAACGAGUGGAACAAGGAUAACCACUCCAUCAAGCUGAAGCACACCGAUGUGUACUCUCAUCCCCCGGUGGUGGCAUAUGGCCACCCCGGCGUUCCCCACGGGCCCCAGGUCCCUGGAAUGGGACCCUUUGAAAAGCGUGGUGCUCCAGGUGGAACUGCCAUGGGUGGCCCCUCUGGCAACGAUGAGGGCCAGAGCUUCGAUAUGUCUGUGACUGCUAUCUUCAACACUGAGACCGAAGAGGAGAACAAGGAUGACCAUUCCAUCGGCAUCAAGAACACGCACGUCCACCCGCCUUCCGAGGAUUUCGCGAAGCGUUUCGGGCCGCCCUAUGGCCCGCCCCAUGUGGGUGGCACCGCGAUUGGUGGCCCCUCCGGCAACGAUGGUGGCCAGAGCUUCAGCGCUCCCACUAACAUUCAGACUAACACUGAGAUCAACGAGCACAACGAAGAUGACCACUCCAUCCGCCUGAAGCAUGAGGAUAUCUACACCCACCAUCAUUUCCCUGGCCACGGUCCCUUCCGUCGCUCCGAGAACUGUGGCCCUCAUUGCCACGGCGGCUCUCCGUCCUCUGUUCACUUCGAGCCUCACCCGGAGUCUCAUUACGCGCCUCACACCGAGACACACUAUGAGCCCCAUUCCGAACCUCACUACGAGCCUCACCCCGAGCCUCAUUACGAGAACCACCCCGAACCGCACGUCGAGAACCACCCGGAGCCUCACUACGAGCCUCACUACAGCCCUCACUAUGAGCCUCACUAUGAGCCCCACACCACUCUGGACUAUGAGCUCACUUCGGUGAAGAACAACAACAACGGUCCUGCCGCUGGGGCUAUCGCCUUUGGCCGCCGUGGGUUCCCUGGCCUUGAGUCUCACUUCGAGCCUCACCCGGAGUCUCAUUACGCGCCUCACACCGAGACACACUAUGAGCCCCACUCCGAGCCUCACUACGAGCCUCACCCUGAGCCUCAUUACGAGAACCACCCCGAACCGCACGUCGAGAACCACCCGGAGCCUCACUACGCGCCUCACUACAGCCCUAGCUAUGAGCCUCACUAUGAGCCUCACACUACCCUGGAGCACGAGAUCACUUCGUUGAAGAACAACAACAACGGUCCUGCUGCUGGGGCCAUCACCUUUGGCCGCCGUGGGUUCCCUGGCCUUGAGUCUCACUUCGAGCCUCACCCGGAGUCUCAUUACGCGCCUCACACCGAGACACACUAUGAGCCCCACUCCGAGCCUCACUACGAGCCUCACCCUGAGCCUCAUUACGAGAACCACCCCGAGCCGCACGUCGAGAACCACCCGGAGCCUCACUACGAGCCUCACUACAGCCCUAGCUAUGAGCCUCACUAUGAGCCUCACCACACCCUGGAAUAUGAGCUCACUUCGGUGAAGAACAACAACAACGGUCCUUCCGCUGGCGCUAUCGGUUUUGGUCGGCGCGCGUACGCUCCAACCCACGAGACUAGCGUCGGCGGUGGUACCGCUAUUGGAGGUCCUUCUGGUGAUGACGGCGGCAGUGGAUUCUCCACCCCCACCAACAUCGAUGUUACCACCGGUGUGAACGAGCACAAUGAGGACAACCACGCCAUUGACAGCGAGUACACCCACGUCCACCCUGAUGGUUCCGCUAAGUACGACCGAGAGGAGCAUGUUGAGGCUCCUCAGUGCGCUGCUCAGGUGCAUGAGGUUGUCCACACAGUGACCAAGACCCAGUACCAGACUGCUGAGGCGACGCAGGUGGCGUACCAAUCAGCUCCCACGAAGUCCGUUGGGGCUGAUCCCUACGCCGACUAUCCCCAGCACUCCGCCGGGGCUGAUCCCUACGCUGCCUCUUCUUCCGCUCCGUACGACUAUGAUUCUGAGGAUCCCUCGUACUCUGCGCCUUCUGAGGACUCCUCGUACUCUGCGCCUCCUGAGGACUCCGAGGUUCGCGCGCAUGCCACCCCCGCCGCCGGAACUAGCGCCAUCUAUGCCAACUAUCCCCAGCGCUCCGCCGGGGCUGAUCCAUACGCUGCAUCUGCUUCUGCUCCGUACAACUAUGCUUCCCAGCAUUCGUCGUACUCCAGGAUCCCCGUGCAUGUGCCUAUGGCCACCCCUGCCUCGUAUGGCGCUUUCUCCAAGGCUACACCAUCUAGCAGCAUGGGUAAGAUGAUCCCUAGUGGCGUCUCCGCCAACCAGAAGGCUUCUCCUUCUUCCUCUGCGUCGGCUUCUGCCUCUCAUGGAGUCAUGUUCCAAGGUGACGCCGCCCGCCUAUCCGGGGGAAUCGUCUCCGCCGUCGCUGCUGUCAUGGGUGUCCUUGCCUUCAUCCUAUAG